CGCUGUGCUUUUUGCUGUCUCCGCCGCGGUUAAUUUCGGCAUGGAGGAGUUUUAUGCUAAGUACGUGUCUCAGAAAAUCAGCAAAACCCGCUGGCGACCGGUACCUCCGGGAAGUCUGCAGACCGCGGAGAUCUUCGCUACGGGCUCUUGGGACAAUGAGGAAAAUUAUGUUUCACUGUGGUCUAUUGGAGAUUUUGGGAACUUGGACUCUGAUGGAGGGUUUGAAGGAGACCAUCAGUUACUGUGCGGUACCAGACACCAUGGUGAUGUUAUGGAUUUACAAUUUUUUGACCAGGAAAGAAUGGUAGCUGCUUCAUCAACAGGAUGUGUAACAGUUUUCCUUUACCGUCCAAAUAACCAGACACUGUCCGUCAGCCAGCAGUGGACAGCAGCUCACCACCACACCGGUCUGGGCAGUCCUUCCUGCAGCAGUGCGCCAUGUACGGGGGUUGUGUGCAGCAAUCCAGACAUUGUCACCGUCGGAGAAGAUGGUCGAAUCAAUCUCUUCAGAGUUGAUCACAAGGAAGCUGUGAGAACUAUAGACAAUGCAGAUAGCAGUACACUCCAUGCUGUAACCUUCCUUCGAACUCCUGAGAUUCUUACAGUAAAUUCAAUUGGGCAGUUAAAAAUAUGGGAUUUCAGACAACAAGGAAAUGAGCCGUCUCAGAUAUUAUCACUGACUGGUGACCGAGUGCCACUCCACUGCGUUGAUAGACAUCCCAACCAGCAGCAUGUUGUAGCUACUGGUGGCCAGGACGGAAUGUUGAGUAUUUGGGAUGUUAGACAUGGUACUAUGCCUGUGUCUCUGCUGAAGGCUCAUGAAGCUGAAAUGUGGGAAGUCCACUUUCACCCAUCCAACCCCGACCAUCUGUUUACUUGCUCUGAAGAUGGAUCCCUCUGGCACUGGGAUGCCUCCACAGAUGUACCUGAAAAGUCAUCGCUCUUUUACCAAGGAGGAAGAAAUAGUACUUUUUUGUCUCAUAGCUUUAGUAACCAGGCUGUUGUUCACCAGUCUCUUAAAAGCUCCUGGCUCAGCACUGAUCCUGCGAAAGACCGUAUUGAGAUCACAAGCUUACUUCCCAACAGGACUCUGUCUGUGAACAGUUUGGAUGUUUUAGGCCCUUGUCUUGUUUGUGGAACUGAUGCAGAAGCAAUUUAUGUUACUAGACAACUUUUUUCCUGAAAAUACUGUAAUUAUAAGAUUGCAAGUAAAAACAAACAGCCUUUCAAAUUCCAUCUUCUAUGCAAAUUUUUAUUAUUAGAAAAUGUGAAAUUUGCAGGGGAAGCAUUCGUAAACUGUUGUUAAUGGCAAUGCCUGGUUUGGGAUUUUGUUAGUUGGAUAGUCCCCUAACAAUUGCAGAAUCUGAUAGGUGACUGAUGGCAAAA